AUGCCAAGUAAGACAAGCGAUGGAGAGGAGAGAGGAGAGAAUUCCAUGUGUAGGGGGACAUCCAGGAAAAUGCCUGGAGUCAGGAGAACACCUCUUCACCUGGCUAGUGCUAAUGGACAUGCAGAUGUUGUGUCUCUCUUAAUAGAGAGAAAAUGUGAACUCAACUUGUUAGAUGACGAGAAUAAAACACCUUUAAUGAAGGCAAUAGAAUGUCAAAGGGAGGCAUGUGCAACAAUCCUGCUGGAACAUGGUGCAGACCCUAAUCUUAGGGAUAGAAACAGCAACACUAUACUUCACUAUAUUGCCUCUAGUGAGACCAAAUUCAUGGCAGAAAAACUGAUGAAAUACAAAAUUGAUAUUGAAGCAAAAAACAAGGAAGGUCUUACACCACUUAUGCUGGCAAUUAAAGCAAAAAACAAUGACAUGGCAACUAUUCUCUUAAACAAUGGAGCAAAUGCAAAUGCCAUGGAUGGCUCUAAAAGAACGGCCCUUAUGCUUGCUGUCAGUGUGGAAGCUUUAGGCUUGGUCACUCUUCUUCUUCAAAAUAAUGCUGAUCAUACUCUCCAAGAUACAGAUGGAUGGACAGCUGAGGAGUAUGCUAAGAUCCAUGAUUUUCCUCUAUAUGUUUAUCACAAACAAAUUGAAAAACAGAUGAUACAAAUUGAAAAACCAAAGGAACAGAUUGAAGAACAGGAGCCCUGUACAUCCCAAAUCAGAACUUCUGCACCAUCCCUGGAUAAAAAAGCACAAGAAAAUAUUGUAGAAGAUUCUAUAAGCAGAUGCUCUGACAGUUCAAGAUCUGUUAAGUCCCGGAAAAACACAAAUGAUGAACUGGAUUUUGAUAGAAAGGAACGCCCGAAAUUGAACCUUAUGAAGGCUAAAAUCAGUGGAGAAACGAGUAGCUCUGUCAGUACAAAAGUUGCAACUGUUCUUAAAGACAAUCAGUCAGACAAUGAAAAAGAUUUAACAGAUUCCUUCGCUAAGUCUUCAUCCCAAGCCCAUUGCUCAACUCAUGCUGUUGUGCAUGCCUCACCUGCUAAUUUUUCACAGUCUUCCCUUAAUAAGUCUACUCUUCUGGAUAUUCUUAAGGAAUAUCCAAGAGACUCAGAAGAAGCAAAGGAAAAUGAUGUUUUCGUUAAGAAUGAUACUGAUAAUCAAAUAUUUCCAAAUAUUCCCAGUCAGCUACAAGCUCACAAUACAUCAGAGAAAUGUGCUGAGAGAAAAGCCACAAAAUCAACAUCGAAAAGAUCAAAAGAGGAGGCAAAGUCAUCUUGGGAUUCAGAGCGUUCCGUAGAAAAUCUCCUGGAAGGAUCUUCAAGACAUCUUGCAUCCACAAAUCAAAACAUAAACAAAAGUAUUUCGUUGGGACCUGAAGAUCUCUCAGGGAAAAAUCCUAAUGUGAAGCCUAGUCAAUGCGGUCUUCCAAUGAAAGAUCCUUCCACAAGCCAAGAAUCAGAGAAAGUAGUCAAGCCAAAACGAAAAUUAGCUUUUAUGGAAAAAGUUGAAUUAAGUGCUGCAGAAAACACUGAUGGUCAUCCAGAGAAAAAUCCUAAUGUGAAGCCUAGUCAAUGCGGUCUUCCAAUGAAAGAUCCUUCCACAAGCCAAGAAUCAGAGAAAGUAGUCAAGCCAAAACGAAAAUUAGCUUUUAUGGAAAAAGUUGAUUUAAGUGCUGCAGAAAACACUGAUGAUCAUCCAGGGAAAAAUCCUAAUGUGAAGCCUAGUCAAUGUGGUCUUCCAAUGAAAGAUCCUUCCACAAGCCAAGAAUCAGAGAAAGUAGUCAAGCCAAAACGAAAAUUAGCUUUUAUGGAAAAAGUUGAUUUAAGUGCUGCAGAAGACACUGAUGAUCAUCCAGGGAAAAAUCGUAAUGUGAAGCCUAAUCAAUGUGGUCUUCCAAUGAAAGAUUUUUCCACAAGGCAAGAAUUAGAGAAAAAUGUCAAGUCAAAACGAAAAUUAGCUUUUAUGGAAAACGUUGAUUUAAGUGCUGCAGAAGACACUGAUGGUGAUGUUCUUUUUUAUUCUCUAUAUUUACAACUAUGA